AUGGGAGCAGAUGAGGCGCAGAAGAGGACAGCAAAGAAACACCAGGCGCACUCGUGGACCAAGGAGCGCACUGGUGGACCAGGGCGCGCACUCGUGGACCAAGGAGCGCACUGGUGGACCAAGGAGCGCACUCGUGGACCAAGGAGCGCGCUCGUGGACCAAGGCGCGCUCGUGGACCAAGGAGCGCACUCGUGGACCAAGGAGCGCACUCGUGGACCAAGGAGCGCACUCGUGGACCAAGGAGCGCACUCGUGGACCAAGGAGCGCACUCGUGGACCAAGGCGCGCACUCGUGGACCAAGGAGCGCACUCGUGGACCAAGGAGCGCGCUCGUGGACCAAGGCGCGCUCUCGUGGACCAAGGCGCGCUCUCGUGGACCAAGGCGCGCUCUCGUGGACCAAGGCGCGCUCUCGUGGACCAAGGCGCGCGCUCUUGGACCAAGGCGCGCACUCGUGGACCAAGGAGCGCACUCGUGGACCAAGGAGCGCACUCGUGGACCAAGGAGCGCACUCGUGGACCAAGGCGCGCGCUCGUGGACCAAGGCGCGCUCGUGGACCAAGGAGCGCACUCGUGGACCAAGGAGCGCACUCGUGGACCAAGGAGCGCACUCGUGGACCAAGGAGCGCACUGGUGGACCAAGGCGCGCACUCGUGGACCAAGGAGCGCACUGGUGGACCAAGGAGCGCACUCGUGGACCAAGGAGCGCACUCGUGGACCAAGGAGCGCACUCGUGGACCAAGGAGCGCACUCGUGGACCAAGGAGCGCACUCGUGGACCAAGGAGCGCACUCGUGGACCAAGGAGCGCACUCGUGGACCAAGGCGCGCACUCGUGGACCAAGGAGCGCACUCGUGGACCAAGGCGCACGCUCGUGGACCAAGGCGCGCACUCGUGGACCAAGGAGCGCACUCGUGGACCAAGGAGCGCACUCGUGGACCAUGGAGCGCACUCGUGGACCAAGGAGCGCACUCGUGGACCAAGGAGCGCACUCGUGGACCAAGGAGCGCACUCGUGGACCAAGGCGCGCACUCGUGGACCAAGGAGCGCACUCGUGGACCAAGGAGCGCGCUCGUGGACCAAGGAGCGCGCUCGUGGACCAAGGAGCGCACUCGUGGACCAUGGAGCGCGCUCGUGGACCAAGGCGCGCUCGUGGACCAAGGAGCGCACUCGUGGACCAAGGAGCGCACUCGUGGACCAAGGAGCGCACUCGUGGACCAAGGAGCGCACUCGUGGACCAAGGAGCGCACUCGUGGACCAAGGCGCGCACUCGUGGACCAAGGAGCGCACUCGUGGACCAAGGAGCGCACUCGUGGACCAAGGAGCGCACUCGUGGACCAAGGAGCGCGCUCGUGGACCAAGGAGCGCGCUCGUGGACCAAGGAGCGCACUCGUGGACCAAGGAGCGCGCUCGUGGACCAAGGAGCGCGCUCGUGGACCAAGGAGCGCGCUCGUGGACCAAGGAGCGCGCUCGUGGACCAAGGAGCGCGCUCGUGGACCAAGGAGCGCACUCGUGGACCAAGGAGCGCACCGGUGGACCAAGGAGCGCACUCGUGGACCAAGGAGCGCGCUCGUGGACCAAGGAGCGCGCUCGUGGACCAAGGAGCGCGCUCCUGGACCAAGGAGCGCACUGGUGGACCAAGGAGCGCACUGGUAGACCAAGGAGCGCACUGGUGGACCAAGGAGCGCACUCGUGGACCAAGGAGCGCACUCGUGGACCAAGGAGCGCACUCGUGGACCAAGGAGCGCACUCGUGGACCAAGGAGCGCACUCGUGGACCAAGGAGCGCACUCGUGGACCAAGAAGCGCACUCGUGGACCAAGGAGCGCACUCGUGGACCAAGGAGCGCACUCGUGGACCAAGGAGCGCACUCGUGGACCAAGGAGCGCACUCGUGGACCAAGGAGCGCACUCGUGGACCAAGGAGCGCACUCGUGGACCAAGAAGCGCACUCGUGGACCAAGGAGCGCACUCGUGGACCAAGGAGCGCACUCGUGGACCAAGGAGCGCGCUCCUGGACCAAGGAGCGCACUGGUGGACCAAGGAGCGCACUGGUGGACCAAGGAGCGCACUCGUGGACCAAGGAGCGCACUCGUGGACCAAGGAGCGCACUCGUGGACCAAGGAGCGCACUCGUGGACCAAGGAGCGCACUCGUGGACCAAGGCGCGCACUCGUGGACCAAGGAGCGCACUCGUGGACCAAGGAGCGCACUCGUGGACCAAGGAGCGCACUCGUGGACCAAGGAGCGCACUCGUGGACCAAGGCGCGCGCUCGUGGACCAAGGAGCGCACUCGUGGACCAAGGAGCGCGCUCGUGGACCAAGGAGCGCACUCGUGGACCAAGGAGCGCACUCGUGGACCAAGGCGCGCGCUCGUGGACCAAGGAGCGCACUCGUGGACCAAGGAGCGUGCUCGUGGACCAAGGAGCGCACUCGUGGACCAAGGAGCGCACUCGUGGACCAAGGAGCGCACUCGUGGACCAAGGAGCGCACUCGUGGACCAAGGAGCGCACUCGUGGACCAAGGAGCGCACUCGCGGACCAAGGAGCGCACUCGUGGACCAAGGCGGGCACUCGUGGACCAAGGAGCGCACUCGUGGACCAAGGAGCGCACUCGCGGACCAAGGAGCGCACUCGCGGACCAAGGAGGGCACUCGUGGACCAAGGCGGGCACUCGUGGACCAAGGCGCGCACUCGUGGACCAAGGAGGGCACUCGUGGACCAAGGAGCGCACUCGUGGACCAAGGAGCGCACUCGUGGACCAAGGAGCGCACUCGUGGACCAAGGAGGGCACUCGUGGACCAAGGAGCGCACUCGUGGACCAAGGCGCGCACUCGUGGACCAAGGCGCGCACUCGUGGACCAAGGAGCGCACUCGUGGACCAAGGAGCGCACUCGUGGACCAAGGAGCGCACUCGUGGACCAAGGCGCGCACUCGUGGACCAAGGCGCGCACUCGUGGACCAAGGAGCGCACUCGUGGACCAAGGAGCGCACUCGUGGACCAAGGAGCGCACUCGUGGACCAAGGAGCGCACUCGUGGACCAAGGUGCGCACUCGUGGACCAAGGCGCGCACUCGUGGACCAAGGAGCGCACUCGUGGACCAAGGAGCGCACUCGUGGACCAAGGCGCGCACUCGUGGACCAAGGCGCGCACUCGUGGACCAAGGCGCGCACUCGUGGACCAAGGAGCGCACUCGUGGACCAAGGAGCGCACUCGUGGACCAAGGAGCGCACUCGUGGACCAAGGAGCGCACUCGUGGACCAAGAAGCGCACUCGUGGACCAAGGAGCGCACUCGUGGACCAAGGAGCGCACUCGUGGACCAAGGAGCGCGCUCCUGGACCAAGGAGCGCACUGGUGGACCAAGGAGCGCACUGGUGGACCAAGGAGCGCACUCGUGGACCAAGGAGCGCACUCGUGGACCAAGGAGCGCACUCGUGGACCAAGGAGCGCACUCGUGGACCAAGGAGCACACUCGUGGACCAAGGCGCGCACUCGUGGACCAAGGAGCGCACUCGUGGACCAAGGAGCGCACUCGUGGACCAAGGAGCGCACUCGUGGACCAAGGAGCGCACUCGUGGACCAAGGCGCGCGCUCGUGGACCAAGGAGCGCACUCGUGGACCAAGGAGCGCGCUCGUGGACCAAGGAGCGCACUCGUGGACCAAGGAGCGCACUCGUGGACCAAGGCGCGCGCUCGUGGACCAAGGAGCGCACUCGUGGACCAAGGAGCGCGCUCGUGGACCAAGGAGCGCACUCGUGGACCAAGGAGCGCACUCGUGGACCAAGGAGCGCACUCGUGGACCAAGGAGCGCACUCGUGGACCAAGGAGCGCACUCGUGGACCAAGGAGCGCACUCGCGGACCAAGGAGCGCACUCGUGGACCAAGGCGGGCACUCGUGGACCAAGGAGCGCACUCGUGGACCAAGGAGCGCACUCGUGGACCAAGGAGCGCACUCGCGGACCAAGGAGGGCACUCGUGGACCAAGGCGGGCACUCGUGGACCAAGGCGCGCACUCGUGGACCAAGGAGGGCACUCGUGGACCAAGGAGCGCACUCGUGGACCAAGGAGCGCACUCGUGGACCAAGGAGCGCACUCGUGGACCAAGGAGGGCACUCGUGGACCAAGGAGCGCACUCGUGGACCAAGGCGCGCACUCGUGGACCAAGGCGCGCACUCGUGGACCAAGGAGCGCACUCGUGGACCAAGGAGCGCACUCGUGGACCAAGGAGCGCACUCGUGGACCAAGGCGCGCACUCGUGGACCAAGGCGCGCACUCGUGGACCAAGGAGCGCACUCGUGGACCAAGGCGCGCACUCGUGGACCAAGGCGCGCACUCGUGGACCAAGGAGCGCACUCGUGGACCAAGGAGCGCACUCGUGGACCAAGGAGCGCACUCGUGGACCAAGGCGCGCACUCGUGGACCAAGGCGCGCACUCGUGGACCAAGGCGCGCACUCGUGGACCAAGGCGCGCACUCGUGGACCAAGGAGCGCACUCGUGGACCAAGGAGCGCACUCGUGGACCAAGGCGCGCACUCGUGGACCAAGGCGCGCACUCGUGGACCAAGGAGCGCACUCGUGGACCAAGGAGCGCACUCGUGGACCAAGGAGCGCACUCGUGGACCAAGGAGCGCACUCGUGGACCAAGGUGCGCACUCGUGGACCAAGGCGCGCACUCGUGGACCAAGGAGCGCACUCGUGGACCAAGGAGCGCACUCGUGGACCAAGGCGCGCACUCGUGGACCAAGGCGCGCACUCGUGGACCAAGGCGCGCACUCGUGGACCAAGGAGCGCACUCGUGGACCAAGGAGCGCACUCGUGGACCAAGGAGCGCACUCGUGGACCAAGGCGCGCACUCGUGGACCAAGGCGCGCACUCGUGGACCAAGGAGCGCACUCGUGGACCAAGGAGCGCACUCGUGGACCAAGGCGCGCACUCGUGGACCAAGGAGCGCACUCGUGGACCAAGGAGCGCACUCGUGGACCAAGGCGCGCACUCGUGGACCAAAGCGCGCACUCGUGGACCAAGGCGCGCACUCGUGGACCAAGGCGCGCACUCGUGGACCAAGGAGCGCACUCGUGGACCAAGGAGCGCACUCGUGGACCAAGGAGCGCACUCGUGGACCAAGGAGCGCACUCGUGGACCAAGGAGCGCACUCGUGGACCAAGGCGCGCACUCGUGGACCAAGGCGCGCACUCGUGGACCAAGGAGCGCACUCGUGGACCAAGGAGCGCACUCGUGGACCAAGGCGCGCACUCGUGGACCAAGGCGCGCACUCGUGGACCAAGGAGCUCACUCGUGGACCAAGGCGCGCACUCGUGGACCAAGGCGCGCACUCGUGGAUCAAGGCGCGCACUCGUGGACCAAGGAGCGCACUCGUGGACCAAGGAGCGCACUCGUGGACCAAGGAGCGCACUCGUGGACCAAGAAGCGCACUCGUGGACCAAGGAGCGCACUCGUGGACCAAGGAGCGCACUCGUGGACCAAGGAGCGCGCUCCUGGACCAAGGAGCGCACUGGUGGACCAAGGAGCGCACUCGUGGACCAAGGAGCGCACUCGUGGACCAAGGAGCGCACUCGUGGACCAAGGAGCGCACUCGUGGACCAAGGAGCGCACUCGUGGACCAAGGAGCGCACUCGUGGACCAAGGCGCGCACUCGUGGACCAAGGAGCGCACUCGUGGACCAAGGAGCGCACUCGUGGACCAAGGAGCGCACUCGUGGACCAAGGAGCGCACUCGUGGACCAAGGCGCGCGCUCGUGGACCAAGGAGCGCACUCGUGGACCAAGGAGCGCGCUCGUGGACCAAGGAGCGCACUCGUGGACCAAGGAGCGCACUCGUGGACCAAGGCGCGCGCUCGUGGACCAAGGAGCGCACUCGUGGACCAAGGAGCGCGCUCGUGGACCAAGGAGCGCACUCGUGGACCAAGGAGCGCACUCGUGGACCAAGGAGCGCACUCGUGGACCAAGGAGCGCACUCGUGGACCAAGGAGCGCACUCGCGGACCAAGGAGCGCACUCGUGGACCAAGGCGGGCACUCGUGGACCAAGGAGCGCACUCGUGGACCAAGGAGCGCACUCGUGGACCAAGGAGCGCACUCGCGGACCAAGGAGGGCACUCGUGGACCAAGGCGGGCACUCGUGGACCAAGGCGCGCACUCGUGGACCAAGGAGGGCACUCGUGGACCAAGGAGCGCACUCGUGGACCAAGGAGCGCACUCGUGGACCAAGGAGCGCACUCGUGGACCAAGGAGGGCACUCGUGGACCAAGGAGCGCACUCGUGGACCAAGGCGCGCACUCGUGGACCAAGGCGCGCACUCGUGGACCAAGGAGCGCACUCGUGGACCAAGGAGCGCACUCGUGGACCAAGGAGCGCACUCGUGGACCAAGGCGCGCACUCGUGGACCAAGGCGCGCACUCGUGGACCAAGGAGCGCACUCGUGGACCAAGGCGCGCACUCGUGGACCAAGGCGCGCACUCGUGGACCAAGGAGCGCACUCGUGGACCAAGGAGCGCACUCGUGGACCAAGGAGCGCACUCGUGGACCAAGGAGCGCACUCGUGGACCGAGGCGCGCACUCGUGGACCGAGGAGCGCACUCGUGGACCGAGGAGCGCACUCGUGGACCAAGGAGCGCACUCGUGGACCAAGGAGCGCACUCGUGGACCAAGGCGCGCACUCGUGGACCAAGGCGCGCACUCGUGGACCAAGGCGCGCACUCGUGGACCAAGGCGCGCACUCGUGGACCAAGGAGCGCACUCGUGGACCAAGGAGCGCACUCGUGGACCAAGGCGCGCACUCGUGGACCAAGGAGCGCACUCGUGGACCAAGGAGCGCACUCGUGGACCAAGGAGCGCACUCGUGGACCAAGGCGCGCACUCGUGGACCAAGGCGCGCACUCGUGGACCAAGGCGCGCACUCGUGGACCAAGGCGCGCACUCGUGGACCAAGGAGCGCACUCGUGGACCAAGGAGCGCACUCGUGGACCAAGGCGCGCACUCGUGGACCAAGGCGCGCACUCGUGGACCAAGGAGCGCACUCGUGGACCAAGGAGCGCACUCGUGGACCAAGGAGCGCACUCGUGGACCAAGGAGCGCACUCGUGGACCAAGGCGCGCACUCGUGGACCAAGGCGCGCACUCGUGGACCAAGGAGCGCACUCGUGGACCAAGGCGCGCACUCGUGGACCAAGGCGCGCACUCGUGGACCAAGGAGCGCACUCGUGGACCAAGGAGCGCACUCGUGGACCAAGGCGCGCACUCGUGGACCAAGGCGGGCACUCGUGGACCAAGGAGCGCACUCGUGGACCAAGGAGCGCACUCGUGGACCAAGGAGCGCACUCGCGGACCAAGGAGGGCACUCGUGGACCAAGGCGGGCACUCGUGGACCAAGGCGCGCACUCGUGGACCAAGGAGGGCACUCGUGGACCAAGGAGCGCACUCGUGGACCAAGGAGCGCACUCGUGGACCAAGGAGCGCACUCGUGGACCAAGGAGGGCACUCGUGGACCAAGGAGCGCACUCGUGGACCAAGGCGCGCACUCGUGGACCAAGGCGCGCACUCGUGGACCAAGGAGCGCACUCGUGGACCAAGGAGCGCACUCGUGGACCAAGGAGCGCACUCGUGGACCAAGGAGCGCACUCGUGGACCAAGGCGCGCACUCGUGGACCAAGGAGCGCACUCGUGGACCAAGGAGCGCACUCGUGGACCAAGGCGCGCACUCGUGGACCAAGGAGCACACUCGUGGACCAAGGAGCGCACUCGUGGACCAAGGCGGGCACUCGUGGACCAACGCGCGCACUCGUGGACCAAGGCGCGCACUCGUGGACCAAGGCGCACACUCGUGGACCAAGGCGCGCACUCGUGGACCAAGGAGCGCACUCGUGGACCGAGGAGCGCACUCGUGGACCGAGGAGCGCACUCGUGGACCGAGGAGCGCACUCGUGGACCGAGGAGCGCACUCGUGGACCCAGGAGCGCACUCGUGGACCGAGGAGCGCACUCGUGGACCGAGGAGCGCACUCGUGGACCAAGGCGCGCACUCGUGGACCAAGGCGCGCACUCGUGGACCAAGGAGCGCACUCGUGGACCAAGGAGCGCACUCGUGGACCAAGGAGCGCACUCGUGGACCAAGGAGCGCACUCGUGGACCAAGGAGCGCACUCGUGGACCAAGGCGGGCACUCGUGGACCAAGGCGCGCACUCGUGGACCAAGGCACGCACUCGUGGACCAAGGCGGGCACUCGUGGACCAAGGCGCGCACUCGUGGACCAAGGCGCGCACUCCUGGACCAAGGCGCGCACUCGUGGACCAAGGAGCGCACUCGUGGGCCAAGGAGCGCACUCGUGGGCCAAGGAGCGCACUCGUGGACCAAGGAGCGCACUCGUGGACCAAGGCGCGCACUCGUGGACCAAGGAGCGCACUCGUGGACCAAGGAGCGCACUCGUGGACCAAGGAGCGCACUCGUGGACCAAGGAGCGCACUCGUGGACCAAGGAGCGCACUCGUGGACCAAGGCGCGCACUCGUGGACCAAGGCGCGCACUCGUGGACCAAGGCGCGCACUCGUGGACCAAGGAGCGCACUCGUGGACCAAGGAGCGCACUCGUGGACCAAGGCGGGCACUCGUGGACCAAGGCGCGCACUCGUGGACCAAGGCACGCACUCGUGGACCAAGGCGGGCACUCGUGGACCAAGGCGCGCACUCGUGGACCAAGGCGCGCACUCGUGGACCAAGGCGCGCACUCGUGGACCAAGGAGCGCACUCGUGGACCAAGGAGCGCACUCGUGGACCAAGGCGGGCACUCGUGGACCAAGGCGCGCACUCGUGGACCAAGGCGCGCACUCCUGGACCAAGGCGCGCACUCGUGGACCAAGGAGCGCACUCGUGGGCCAAGGAGCGCACUCGUGGGCCAAGGAGCGCACUCGUGGACCAAGGAGCGCACUCGUGGACCAAGGCGCGCACUCGUGGACCAAGGAGCGCACUCGUGGACCAAGGAGCGCACUCGUGGACCAAGGAGCGCACUCGUGGACCAAGGAGCGCACUCGUGGACCAAGGAGCGCACUCGUGGACCAAGGAGCGCACUCGUGGACCAAGGAGCGCACUCGUGGACCAAGGCGCGCACUCGUGGACCAAGGAGCGCACUCGUGGACCAAGGAGCGCACUCGUGGACCAAGGAGCGCACUCGUGGACCAAGGAGCGCACUCUUGGACCAAGGCGCGCGCUCGUGGACCAAGGAGCGCACUCGUGGACCAAGGAGCGCGCUCGUGGACCAAGGAGCGCACUCGUGGACCAAGGAGCGCACUCGUGGACCAAGGCGCGCGCUCGUGGACCAAGGAGCGCACUCGUGGACCAAGGAGCGCGCUCGUGGACCAAGGAGCGCACUCGUGGACCAAGGAGCGCACUCGUGGACCAAGGAGCGCACUCGUGGACCAAGGAGCGCACUCGUGGACCAAGGAGCGCACUCGUGGACCAAGGAGCGCACUCGCGGACCAAGGAGCGCACUCGUGGACCAAGGCGGGCACUCGUGGACCAAGGAGCGCACUCGUGGACCAAGGAGCGCACUCGUGGACCAAGGAGCGCACUCGCGGACCAAGGAGGGCACUCGUGGACCAAGGCGGGCACUCGUGGACCAAGGCGCGCACUCGUGGACCAAGGAGGGCACUCGUGGACCAAGGAGCGCACUCGUGGACCAAGGAGCGCACUCGUGGACCAAGGAGCGCACUCGUGGACCAAGGAGGGCACUCGUGGACCAAGGAGCGCACUCGUGGACCAAGGCGCGCACUCGUGGACCAAGGCGCGCACUCGUGGACCAAGGAGCGCACUCGUGGACCAAGGAGCGCACUCGUGGACCAAGGAGCGCACUCGUGGACCAAGGCGCGCACUCGUGGACCAAGGCGCGCACUCGUGGACCAAGGAGCGCACUCGUGGACCAAGGGCGCACUCGUGGACCAAGGCGCGCACUCGUGGACCAAGGAGCGCACUCGUGGACCAAGGAGCGCACUCGUGGACCAAGGAGCGCACUCGUGGACCAAGGCGCGCACUCGUGGACCAAGGCGCGCACUCGUGGACCAAGGCGCGCACUCGUGGACCAAGGCGCGCACUCGUGGACCAAGGAGCGCACUCGUGGACCAAGGAGCGCACUCGUGGACCAAGGCGCGCACUCGUGGACCAAGGCGCGCACUCGUGGACCAAGGAGCGCACUCGUGGACCAAGGAGCGCACUCGUGGACCAAGGAGCGCACUCGUGGACCAAGGAGCGCACUCGUGGACCAAGGUGCGCACUCGUGGACCAAGGCGCGCACUCGUGGACCAAGGAGCGCACUCGUGGACCAAGGAGCGCACUCGUGGACCAAGGCGCGCACUCGUGGACCAAGGCGCGCACUCGUGGACCAAGGCGCGCACUCGUGGACCAAGGAGCGCACUCGUGGACCAAGGAGCGCACUCGUGGACCAAGGAGCGCACUCGUGGACCAAGGCGCGCACUCGUGGACCAAGGCGCGCACUCGUGGACCAAGGAGCGCACUCGUGGACCAAGGAGCGCACUCGUGGACCAAGGAGCGCACUCGUGGACCAAGGAGCGCACUCGUGGACCAAGGAGCGCACUCGUGGACCAAGGCGCGCACUCGUGGACCGAGGAGCGCACUCGUGGACCGAGGAGCGCACUCGUGGACCAAGGAGCGCACUCGUGGACCAAGGAGCGCACUCGUGGACCAAGGCGCGCACUCGUGGACCAAGGCGCGCACUCGUGGACCAAGGCGCGCACUCGUGGACCAAGGCGCGCACUCGUGGACCAAGGCGCGCACUCGUGGACCAAGGCGCGCACUCGUGGACCAAGGCGCGCACUCGUGGACCAAGGCGCGCACUCGUGGACCAAGGCGCGCACUCGUGGACCAAGGCGCGCACUCGUGGACCAAGGAGCGCACUCGUGGACCAAGGAGCGCACUCGUGGACCAAGGAGCGCACUCGUGGACCAAGGAGCGCACUCGUGGACCAAGGAGCGCACUCGUGGACCAAGGAGCGCACUCGUGGACCAAGGCGCGCACUCGUGGACCAAGGAGCGCACUCGUGGACCAAGGAGCGCACUCGUGGACCAAGGCGGGCACUCGUGGACCAAGGCGCGCACUCGUGGACCAAGGCGCGCACUCGUGGACCAAGGCGCACACUCGUGGACCAAGGCGCGCACUCGUGGACCAAGGAGCGCACUCGUGGACCAGGAGCGCACUCGUGGACCGAGGAGCGCACUCGUGGACCGAGGAGCGCACUCGUGGACCGAGGAGCGCACUCGUGGACCCAGGAGCGCACUCGUGGACCGAGGAGCGCACUCGUGGACCGAGGAGCGCACUCGUGGACCAAGGCGCGCACUCGUGGACCAAGGCGCGCACUCGUGGACCAAGGAGCGCACUCGUGGACCAAGGAGCGCACUCGUGGACCAAGGAGCGCACUCGUGGACCAAGGAGCGCACUCGUGGACCAAGGAGCGCACUCGUGGACCAAGGCGCACUCGUGGACCAAGGCGCGCACUCGUGGACCAAGGCACGCACUCGUGGACCAAGGCGGGCACUCGUGGACCAAGGCGCGCACUCGUGGACCAAGGCGCGCACUCGUGGACCAAGGCGCGCACUCGUGGACCAAGGAGCGCACUCGUGGACCAAGGAGCGCACUCGUGGACCAAGGAGCGCACUCGUGGGCCAAGGAGCGCACUCGUGGACCAAGGAGCGCACUCGUGGACCAAGGCGCGCACUCGUGGACCAAGGAGCGCACUCGUGGACCAAGGAGCGCACUCGUGGACCAAGGAGCGCACUCGUGGACCAAGGAGCGCACUCGUGGACCAAGGAGCGCACUCGUGGACCAAGGCGCGCACUCGUGGACCAAGGCGCGCACUCGUGGACCAAGGCGCGUACUCGUGGACCAAGGAGCGCACUCGUGGACGAAGGAGCGCACUCGUGGACCAAGGAGCGCACUCGUGGAGCCUUUAGUAACAUACCUAGGCGCCUCUAGUAACAUACCUAGGUAG